CGUUUCUUUCGGUAGGUUGUGUUCAUACUUAUUUCCAAACUAUUACAUAUAUACAGCAUACAUUUUGCUAUAAAAGAAAAUUCAGUCAAUCUUUUAAAAUUAUAUUGAUAAACUGGUGUCUGUGAGUCAGAAACGUUUACAAUACGUUGUAACUGAAAAAAUACUUCCAACAAAAUGGCAGACUCAGGCAAAAGCAAUAAUCAACAAGGAGCCAGUGGUUCAGAGGAACGACCAAAUACCAAAAUGGAAGUAAUCCAGUACUUGGAAGGACAGGGGGUGACUGAGAUGUAUGCUGUGAAUCCGCUGACAUGGUGUCCUCAUUUAGAGACAGUGGCGCCACUUCCGGCUGAUACAACAGUCCUUGAUACAAAAGCACCAUGUGAAAAGUGUGGUAACACAACAGAAAACUGGAUCUGUUUAGUGUGCCACAGGGUAUUCUGUAGCAGAUUCGUGAAUGAACACAUGGUAAUGCAUGGUGUGGAAGAUGGACAUUUGAUGUGUCUGAGCUACUCUGACCUGUCAGUCUGGUGUUAUGGCUGUGACAAUUACCUAGAUCACCAGCUUCUCAAGCCAGCCAAAAAUGCUGCACAUCUUCACAAGUUUGGAGAAGGAUUGCAGUGACAACUUUAAACAUGUAAACAAUAGAAUCACAUGAACACCUUGAUUGUCAUAGUUCUACUUGUAUUGCACAUAAAGUGUCUUGUGAGCUACUACUGUACUUUUUGUGAUCAUCUGUAAAAUAUUUGUUCUCUCUUAUGUUUAGUAAAUCGAUGGGUCUAUUAAGUAUAAACAUUGAUAGGAUGGUCAUUGGACAUUCCGUUCAGUAUUAUAUCCCGGCAGUCCCAUACAACAGUCAAACUAGUUUCACAAACCUCUGAUUGGCAAAACACUUGUAAGCAAAAAUUGUAAUGACGCAAAAUUUGUUCCUGGUGCAACUGAUAUAUUUGUUGUAAAAAAAGUACAGUGCAGACCAAUCAAUCUCCCAAGAUGACCACAAAUGUAGAACUAUAUUGUAAUAUAAAUCAUAAAAGGUAAAUAUAAGUAGGUACGUGUUGGAAACCGUGAUACAGAUUCGAUAAACUUUAGCGAUUUUGACUACUUGGAUAUUUCAGUUUAUUUUUCACCAAUCUCAUUUAAAUACAGAGCCCAUGUCCAACCUUCACGUACAAGGAUCUUACAAAAUUGAUUUCUGCUUUCUGUUCUAGAGAUCUGACUUUCGGAAUCCGCUGUUUUGUCAAAACAGUAGAAUGGGGUGAUGUCAGAUAUUUGUAUAAAGCAAACAUUACCACAAGACAUUGACCAAAUAAUUCUUUAAGGAAAUCAACAAUUACUCAUUUUUUUUCUUUGUAUACAAUUAAUAUAUGCAAUGUGCAAUGUAUUGUUAUUUACUUCAAACGGUUAAUGUAUGUAAAGCUAUUUUUGUGACUGUCAAUAUACAUAGUGUUGUGUCUAUAAUAACUAAUGCAUUUUCGAACUAACGUCUUAUUUCUAAGUAGUAAUUAAAAUCACCACCCCAGUAGCCAGUACUACGAUACGGGCAUGAAAAUACGGAUUUUUUGUGUUAUUAAAUUAGCUGUUACAAAAGGAUAGAAAUUAUUAUAAAUUAAGGAAUGUAUCUCCCUUAUGCAAAGCUCUGAUUCCUUUCACGGAUUUGGCUAUACUUUUUGGACCAUUUGGAUUAUAGCUCUUCAUUUUUGUUGAGCCUUCGACUUUAGUCGAAAAAGCGAGACUAAGCGAUCCUUCAUUCCGUCGUCGGCGUCGUCGUCGGCGGCGUCCACAAAUAUUCACAUGUGGUUAAAGUUUUUAAAAUUUUGAUAACUUUCUUAAACUAUACUGGAUUUCUACCAAACUUGGCCAGAAGCUUGUUUAUGAUCACAAGAUAGUAUCCAGAAGUAAAUUUUGUAAAGAUAAAAUUCCAUUUUUUCCGUAUGCUACUUAUAAAUGGACGGGGAAACAUAACAUUCAUUCUGUGGUUAAAGUUUUUAGAAUUUUAAUUACUUUCUUAAACUAUCCUGGGUUUGUACCAAACUUGGACAGAAGCUUGUUUAGUAUCAUAAGAUAGUAUCCAGAAGUAAAUUUUGUAAAAAAUUGAAUUCAUUUUUUCUGUAUUUUACUUUUAAAUGGACUUAGUUUUUCAUGCGGGGAAACAUUAAGAUGGACAGAAGGUUCUUACAAUCAUAAGAUAGUAUCAAGAGGAAUAUUUUUAUUGAUUUCUUUCCUCAUUGUUGUUGAGCCUGUGAUUUACAGCAAAAGUAGGCGAGACACUGGGUUCCACGGAACCCUUACAAAUUUUUUAUAUAAGCUUUGGAUUUCAAAUAUUUUGGCCACGAGCAUCACUGAAGAGACAUGAAUGUCGAAAUGCGCAUCUGGUGCAAGAAAAUUGGUACCGUUAAUUUUAUUAAACAUAACAUCAUCGAAAGCCUUUUAUGUAAAUAAAAAGAGAUAAUUUAGGUAUACAUCACUUAGACUCUAACGGGUGAUGCAUUGUUAGCCUUGUCGACGCAUUUGAUCCCGUUCCGUUCACUAGUCUAAGAAUAUAGUUAAACCGAAUAAUGCAGACGUUAUAUUCUGCUAUUCCGCAAAGGCUUCAUAAAUUGGUUGAAUGAAUUGUACCGCAAGUAGGGGAGCUUGAUUUUCAGGAGGACUUGUAUUAUAUUGAUAUCGUGAAAGUAUAUAAUGCUGUUUUGACUGUUUUCAUCUCCUUUAUUAUUAUUUACGUAGACAGCAACAAGUAAAACAAUUUAUGAAAGAAAAAUAAAAAUAAAAAAAUG